AUGACCUCAACUGCGUCCACUUCCGCAACUGCGAUUCAAGUGAUCUCUGUUCAAGCACUAUUUUACGACAACAACAUGAAUGCGGGCAUUGCAAUCUUCACUUUGAUUGGCUCACAGUUGAUAGGCUAUGGAUAUGCUGGUCUUUUGCAAGACGUUCUUGUGAAACCGACCAAGUGCUUCUGGCCCUCGAACAUUUACACGGCCAAUCUUUUCCAGGCCUUGCAUUUCGACAGCCAGAUGACCUCCAAGCGCGUACGCCUAUUUUGGACAAUAUUCGCAAUCCUUUUCUGCUGGGAGAUUGUUCCCGAAUGGAUUUUCCCUCUCCUCACUGGGGUAUCCGUGUUCUGCUUGGCCGAUAACCACAGUGCAGUUAUCAGGAACAUCUUUGGUGGAGCAGACAACAACGAAGGCAUGGGCCUGCUCGCGUUGUGCUUCGACUGGAACUAUAUCGGGAGCUCCUCAAUGUGGCAGCCGCUCUGGUUUCAAAUUAACGCGUAUAUUGGGAUUUGCUUCACCUAUAUCUUGAUGUCGGCGGUCUACUGGGGUAAUUUGUGGAAGGCACAGAACUUCCCAUUCAUGAGCCAGGCUAUCUUUGCAGAGAAUGGAACAGAGUAUGAUCAGACUGCUCUGUUGACUAACGGCAAAUUUGAUCCGAACAAGUACAAGGAGCUCGGGCCUGCCUAUUUCGCUGCCACCAAUGCACUCGGACUGAUUACGGCAAACUUAUCCUUGGGUGCACUUCUGACCCAUGUUGCUGUCUGGCACUACGACGAUCUGAAGCCAUUUAUUGUCUCGCUCAACCCUUGGAAUAAGUCCUCAUAUCUCAUUCACGAUGUGCACUAUGAGAGAAUGAAGAUAUACAAACAGAUUCCUCGUUGGUGGUACAUAAUUGUACUAUUUGGGGCCUAUGGGAUGGCACAAGCAACCAAUUAUACUGGAAAGUCUGGAUUGCCAUGGUGGGCUCUCACGGUGCUUCUGUUCAUCGGUUUCAUCUUGUGCGCGUUGUAUGGCACAUUGGCUGCGACGAUCGGGUUUUCCAGCAAUGCUGCAGGCUUUUUCGAGAUGAUCACCGCAUAUAUGGUUCCUGGAAAUCCUGUCGCAAACAUGUACGGUGCAUUGUAUGGAGGACAACCCAUCACGCAAGGUAUCGCUUUCUUAUCUGAUCUGAAGCUGGGUCAAUACGUCAAGUUGGCGCCUCGGGUGACUUUCUGUAUGCAGAUGUCUGGCACUGUUAUUGGGGCGCUCUUGAAUUACGUUAUGAUGCUAUCUAUCAUCGACGCACAGAGACCAGGUGCGCCUACUGAAUACCUUUCUCCGCCCCGGUUUGGACUCACCUCCAUUGAUACAGCACUUUUGUCCAUCUCCGGGACUCGUCUCUGGUCCGGCCAGAACGCGCAAGGAUAUAAUUCUAAUGCUAUUGCUUGGGGAGCUCUUGCUCCGCAUAUGUUCAGCCCGCACGCUACAUAUCAUAUGGUGCCUCUAUCGCUUGUAAUUGGGGUCUUCCUUCCUUUACCAUUUUAUAUCGCGUAUCGCAUUUGGCCAAAAGCCGGUUUUGAACACUUCAAUACAUCUAUCAUUAUGCUUUAUUCAUGUUGGUUGGCAGUUGGGGUUAACACCCAAGUAAACACAACUAUGGCGAUUGGGAUCUUCGUACAGUGGUGGGUACGCACACGUUAUCCGCGUUGGUUUGUGAAGUACAACUACAUUGUUGCCGCUGCCAUGGAUGGUGGCACCCAAGUGGUUAUGUUUAUUUUGAAUUUUGCUGUAUUCGGUGCUGCUGGAAAUGCACAUGCUUUUCCUCAGUGGUGGGGAAAUGGCACAUUCUACAGCCAUCUCCUUGAACAUGAGUUAUUGAAUUCCCAUGUCAGACCUCAACCUGUCUGCAGAUCGCUGCGUUCCACCACCGCAGUGAAAUAA